GGCCACGUCCAACCAGGGAAAGGCCCUCCCCCUCCGGCACCGCAGCGCCCGCGCUCCCAGAGCAUGGCCCCCCCUGCCCCUGCCCCUCCGCCGCGGCUGCAGCUGCCGCGGACCCCGAGCGUCUGACUCCAGACGGAGGCGGCGCAGCGCCGAGAGCCACCGGCAUCGCCUCGGAGCGGCCCCGGGGGAGCGGGGCUGGCCGGGGCCCCUCGCCCCCGCGGGCCUGGAGCGGGGCCCGGCUUAGGCACCGCCUGCCGCCGAGCAGCCGUCCCCUGACGGGCUUGCUGCCUGCCGUGCUUGCUUGGAUGAGUCUGCGACAUGCCUAAUAAGAGACGAGAUGGGCCAGGGCGACGAGAGCGACCGCAUUGUGAUCAACGUGGGAGGGACUAGGCAUCAGACUUACCGCAGCACCCUGCGCACCCUGCCCGGCACGCGGCUGGCCUGGAUCGCUGAGCCCGAUGCCCACAGCCACUUUGACUAUGACCCGCGCACGGAUGAGUUUUUCUUUGACCGGCAUCCGGGCGUCUUCGCCCACAUCCUAAAUUACUACCGCACUGGCAAGCUGCACUGCCCCGCGGACGUGUGCGGGCCCCUGUAUGAGGAGGAGUUGGCCUUCUGGGGCAUCGAUGAGACCGAUGUGGAGCCCUGCUGUUGGAUGACCUACCGGCAGCACCGCGACGCCGAAGAGGCUCUGGACAGCUUUGGUGGGGCUCCCCUGGAUAGCAGUGCUGAGGACGGAGACAUAGAUGGCACUGGAGACUCUGGUGAUGGUGAAGAUGAGCUGGAGAUGACAAAACGCCUAGCACUUAGUGACUCCCCAGAUGGCAGGUCUGGGGGCUUCUGGAGACGGUGGCAGCCCCGCAUCUGGGCACUCUUUGAGGAUCCCUACUCCUCCAGAUAUGCAAGGUAUGUGGCAUUUGCCUCCCUGUUCUUCAUUCUGGUCUCCAUUACCACCUUCUGCCUCGAGACCCACGAGAGAUUCAACCCCAUUGUGAACAAGACAGAAACUGAAUUCAUCGGGAAUGACACCCAGGUGCGGCACUACAGGGAAGCAGAGACUGAAGCCUUUCUCACCUACAUCGAAGGUGUCUGUGUGGUCUGGUUUACAUUUGAGUUCUUGAUGAGAGUCACUUUCUGCCCAAACAAGGUGGAAUUUAUCAAAAACUCUUUGAACAUCAUUGACUUUGUGGCCAUACUGCCUUUCUAUCUAGAGGUUGGACUCAGUGGCCUGUCUUCCAAAGCUGCUAAGGAUGUCCUGGGCUUCCUCCGCGUAGUCCGUUUCGUGCGAAUCCUGCGAAUUUUCAAGCUGACCCGCCACUUCGUUGGGUUGCGGGUCUUGGGACACACCCUCCGUGCCAGCACAAACGAAUUCUUGCUGCUCAUCAUAUUUUUGGCAUUGGGCGUCUUAAUCUUUGCCACGAUGAUCUAUUAUGCCGAGAGAAUAGGUGCUAAACCAAAUGACCCUAGUGCCAGUGAACACACACAUUUUAAAAAUAUCCCCAUCGGCUUUUGGUGGGCUGUUGUCACCAUGACGACCCUGGGCUACGGAGACAUGUAUCCUCAGACUUGGUCAGGCAUGCUGGUGGGGGCCCUCUGCGCUCUCGCUGGUGUGCUGACCAUUGCCAUGCCUGUCCCUGUCAUUGUGAACAAUUUCGGAAUGUAUUACUCCUUAGCUAUGGCUAAGCAGAAGCUACCAAAGAAAAAAAAGAAGCAUAUCCCGAGGCCACCCCAGCUGGGAUCCCCCAAUUAUUGUAAAUCUGUCGUAAACUCUCCACACCACAGUACUCAGAGCGACACUUGCCCAUUGGCCCAAGAAGAAAUUUUAGAAAUUAACAGAGCAGAUUCGAAACUGAAUGGUGAGGUGGCCAAGGCGGCGCUGGCAAAUGAAGACUGUCCCCACAUAGACCAGGCUAUUACGCCUGAUGAGGGCCUGCCCUUUACCCGCUCUGGCACUCGGGAGAGAUAUGGACCCUGCUUUCUCUUAUCAACCGGGGAAUAUCCCUGCCCACCUGAUGGAGGAAUAAGAAAGGGAAAGCAUCUCCAACUCAACACAGAACAAAACCUGGGCUCACGACUUUGUGCAAGACUGAACGUAACUGGUCCACUGACAAUACAUGAGGAUUAUAUCAUACACGAAGCAGCUGCAGUGCAGAGAGGAUUAAGCAUUAAAGAUGCUUUUUUCUACACCUGUAGAAGACAAGAAAAUCUUUGAAUUUUGGUCAUUUAAGUACAGGACAAAAACACCUGUCAGAAAUUAAUUAAUGGAGAGAUUUGUCCUGAAGCUCUGACUGUGGCACUAAUGUCUGUUCCAUCAGGAUAUCAGACAUGGCAAAAAGUGACAUUCAUUCAGAACUUACAUCCCUGCCUCUCACAGUGACAGGCAUUCAAUGUGUCACAGUGCUUAAACUUUGCAUGACCAGAACUAGACAAUCACAGUCUCACCACAGAGCCAGAGACUGCAGUCUCAUGACCCUCUGUACUGUGUGAAACAGAACAUGCAGAAGAUACCUUAUACCUAGUGCUUAGUAAGAGGUCAUCCACGCAAGGCAGAAUGUCAGAGCUCAUCUAGAAGAGUGCAAGUCAUCCAAGUGUCCCAUGGGACCAUGUGGUGCCAUGGCCAUUUGUGCCUGUGAAUUCUGGGUAGUAAAGCAUUACCAUUUCAAACUUGCAAACACUUCAAACUGACAUAAGUGAUGACACAAAGAAAAGGAGGGGACAAUUGUGAUUCAUCUGACCUACAACGUUAUCUCCAAGACCUAGAACCGAAGGGCAUCUUCAGCAAAGGCCUAGGAAAAGUCAUAGAUGAACACAGAAGCAAGAAUCUGAGAACCCCCUUAAACUGCAUUCCAGUCCUACAUGUAGCUUUCAUAGCACUAAGGAAAUCAAAGAGCAGGAGAAAUGACAGCCAGGAGGAUGAGCAGGUGCAUGCAGGUGAAAUGGUGCUUCCUCUUCCUUUGCUGGCUGAAGUUUAAAACAAGAGACCCCACUGGGCUCUCAGGAAUUCCCUCAUCAAGGAAGAACAGCUAGGAUUGAAAAGGAUAUUUUGGAAGUGUCUUGGUGCUUAACAUACUUCAUACAGCAACCCUGUAGAACACUGGUCUAUUUACAAGCAUGAGCUUUAAGGCAAUCUCACAGACCAGGCUACAGAUGACUGUCAGUCCUUGGCAUCUUAUAAAAAAUACUUAUGAUAUAACAAAAGCUGACAAGAUAGUCCAUAUGGUUACAUUUACCUACAAUUUCUUCUCUUCUGACUGCUAUUCUCUUCCUCUGAAGGGCUGUUUGCACUGAACAAAAGUGAGCGUUCUGGGAUUUAUCUCUGAAGGUGUCCUUUUCUGCAGAACACAAUUCUUCAAUUCAGAACCAAGAAUUGAAAUGUGUAAACCUUCCACAUGGACAUCUUAUGUAAAAUAGCUUUGUGUUUAAAUGGGCUUUAGUUUGAACUUCUCCUUUUCAUUUUCCCUUAGCAAUUUGCAAGGCUGCAUUUUGGUCAAGUUUCAAGACACACAAUAUCAAUGUGCAUUACUGUUGAGUGAAGUCUAAAAAACCUGCUUGUUGAUAUUAAACAAGUGAGGGCUUUUUUUUCCCCCCGCCCCAUGCUUAACAAGUAAUCUCAGAUCAAUUCCAGCAGUCAUAAGCUAAAGUGUUAGAAAUGCAAAGAGAAAAAAAUCAAGGAAACCAGUGGUGACUGAGUGGCUAAGUUUCCAUCUUACUGAUUGAACUGGUAGACUUUCUCACUGCUAUGCGAACAUAGCCACAGAACAAAAGUAGCUGCAGCUCAGCAGUGAUGAUAGUAGGAUGCCUUAUUUUGCAAAGUUUCAAGUUGUGAUCUUGGUGUAUCACAAUGGCUCAGAUGGUGGUACCCCUAUAAGUGUCACAGUGCAGUUGCAACAGUGACAGCACUGUAGCACUGCACGCAGUGAGAGCUUUAAAAUACAUAGCUCAAUAAAAGCUAUAGCAUAGCUGUAGUCAGAGAGAGUUCAGGGUGAGCUAACCCUCCUUUCUGGGCAGGAUUUGUGGAUUAGGAGUUUCCUCUGUGCUGCAACUGCUGUACUUGAGUUAACCCACUUGUAUCUGGUUCAACUGUGCCUACUUGCACUGUACUGUAGUGCAAGUGCACAACUAAUAAAACUCCUGUGGGUCA